AUGCCGUCGGUUCCUAAAAAGCCUCAAGGCCAAUCUGGUCAGGCGGACAAGGCGGGUAAGGCGGACAAGGCCGACAACGAUAAAAGCGACGAUUACAACAAAAGCGAGAUUUCGGACACGAAAGAAAAAUCGGGCAAAAGUGACUCUGGCAGCCAGGACAAGAGCGACGACAAAACGUCGUCUAAAACUCAGAGCCAAAGCAAAAGUAAGGACAAAAGUCGCGAUACGUCACCGGAAAAGGACCACGGCAAGAACCCGGACAAGGACGGGAGCAACGAAAAGUCGUCGAGCAAGACCCAGAGCAAGAGCCAAGACAGGAGUCAAGAGAAGAACCCCGAGAAGAGCCAGGGCAAGAAGGAAAAGAGCAAGGAGCGCGACGAGAAAGGCGACGAGAAGGACACAGCCGAAGAAGGCAGUCUUCACGAAGGGAGCCAGCAGCACGGAGGUGCCAAGAGCGAGACGUGA